AUGCCCGGAAACAGGACAUUCACGCCAGAGUCUGAGUUCCUCUCUUUUCUCGUCGUGUCCAAACUUCUGAUCACAGCUCCAAGGACUUCAGAUGCAGUUCCAAAUGAGGAAGGAAAAUGGGCCCUUUACACCGUUUCGACUUACGAUCUUGAGACACACACCGAGUUCACCGAUGUCAAUCUGCUUGACCUAGAGACAGGAAGCGCAACACGAUACAGCAACAAUCCGAAGGAGAGUUCGUUUUGUUGGCUGCGUGGAUCAUCGCUUUUGUGGCAGAGGGAAAGUGAAAAGGAUAAAGGAACAGAGUUAUGGAUUGGGGAUGCUGAUCACGAGACACGACCAUACCUAGCAGGGAAGAUCGAUGCCAAGUUGAAGGACCUGAGGACGAAAGUCUUGGAGAACGGUGAUCUUGCAUUCGUCUUCACGGCGCCAGUGGAUGCCAAUCAAAACUUAUAUAACACAUCAAAAGGAGACAAGCCCCAUACAACGGCUCGGGAAUGGGAGUAUAGUCGCCCCAGAAGAUGGGAUAGCUAUGUCGACCAAUUCCGAUCGGCCAUUUGGUUCACAGUUUUGAAGUUUGAUGGCGACACCAAGAAAUGGCACCUCUCUGCUACUGGCCCCAUCAAUGCUUUGCGCGAUACAGGGCUGGUGGUACCUCUUUACUCUGACUCGUCGAGUUCUGCGGAUUUGAGUAUCUCAACCUACGGAGUCAUCUUCGCCGCAAGCGAGCCUAGGGAUACGGAUUGGGAACGCACGCAGCGCUCGAUAUACUUUAUUCCCCUGUCGACCUUCGAGGAAACUGAGGUGCCAGCUUUGAGAAAGAUUCGUGUUCCUGGUCAUGCGGACCUUGCGUCAGCCCCAACUUUUGCACCUAAGGGUCCCAUGGCUGCCUUUCUAGUGGACCAAGAAAGUGAAGAGUGGUCGUACAAGACCAUUGCUGUGGUCAACGUAGACACCUUGAAGAUCACAGCUCUCCUGCAAACGAUCGACCCAAGUGACAACAGCCGACACUGGGAUGUAUUCCCGGACGAAAUCUUGUGGUCGAACGACGGCUCAGCUUUGUAUCUGACUGCGAACGACCAAGCUCUAUCUCGGGUGUUUCAAGUGCUUUUACCGCCUGUAGCCGAGGACAAGCAUCAGACCGUGAGUCCUGUGGAGCUCGAGAUUUCCGGCUCGGUUUCAUCAAUCUACCGUCUGAGCGAACGAGACUCAGAGAGCCGGUUCCUGGCCACUUCUUCAUCCUUCAUCGACCAGGGAUUGUUCUCGAUCGUUGAUCCGUCAAUUCCCAGUAACACUCAGUCACAGCGCAGCAAGAUUAUCUACAGCACAUCGAAUCACGGGUCCUACUUCGGUAUAUCGGACAAACAAGUCGAAUCCAUCACGUUUCCAGGGGGCCCCGAUGGGCGAACCCCCGUGCAAUGCUGGAUUCUGAAACCAUCCAACUACGACCCCACUUCCGCCGAAAAGUAUCCUUUCUUCCUCUUCAUGCACGGCGGGCCCAACUCCGCCGUGAAAGAUGCUUGGACAUGGCGCUGGAAUGCCGCGCUUCUCGCUGAGCAAGGAUACAUCGUCGCGAUCCCGAACUUCACGGGAUCGGACUCCUUCGGCCAGGACUUUGUUCGGGGCGUCUCGCUGCAAUGGGGCGGACAUCCCUACCGCGACCUGGAGCGGUGCUUUAACUGGGUCGAGGAGAACCUGUCUUCCAAAUGCGACACCAGUAGGGCGGUGGCUGCUGGCGCCAGCUACGGCGGGUACAUGGCCUUGUACCUAGAAGGACAGCCCCUCGCCAAGAAAAUAAAAGCGAUUGUCUGUCACGACGGGGUUUUUGACGUUGUCUCCGAGCUGCUGGGCGAUGAUCUUGCGCAGAAAGAGGAACUCACCCGCUCGUUUGGGUCGCCUUACUUCACCGAUGCGCCAUCCGCGGACCGUGACCCGCCCGCCGCGAAGGAGCUCUGGCGUCGUUGGAACCCUGCUGAGUAUCUCACGAAUUGGUCGACGCCCUUGCUGGUCAUUCAUUCCGAUCGCGACUUCAGGUGCCCCAGCACGGCUGGCUGGGCGGCUUAUGCGGUCUGCCGGUUAAAGGGGAUCGAGACGCGGCUGUUGAAUUUCCCGGAUGAGAAUCACUUUGUUCUGGGGAGGGAGAAUAGUUUGGUUUGGUGGAACACGGUUAUCGCCUGGUGCAAUAAAUUUGUUGGCAUUACGGAUGGGCCGACGUUGGAGCCGGCUCGCAGUGAGCCUAGGUGGUUGGGGGAGGCUAAGCCGGGGAGAGUGCUUGAUGUGGCUGAUGUUUAA